GUUAAACGAGGGAUGUGGUUUGGGGGAGAUUUGGAUCAUGGGCAUUCAGCAGUUCCCCCAUCCUGGGGUCCAGAGGGGUUUGUCAUGGGGCUAUGGGACUGUGGGUAUCUUUACCCCCCAGCCCUGGGACAUCUCCCCCAUCCUGCGGUUUCUUAUUCCCCCAUUUCCCCUCGUUUCACACAUCCGGCACAGCUUGGUAUUGCCAGCAGCAGCUGAGAUGAUUUAUGGGGUCUGUAGAGUCUGGGGCAGUAUCCUAGGGCAGGGGUAACGCGUGUGGGACUUGCUGCUGUUUUCCAUAACAAAUCCAGGUGGGAACUGAAUGUUCCCGGGUCGGGGCCGGAGGCGAGCUCAGCACUAUGUUUCUCUGCCGCUCUGUCCUUGGGACUUAAUCUCAGAUCUGUUAUCACGGCCCCGAUCAGGCACUGGAAGCCAGUGAUGCUGAUUGUGGCAUUUUUGAUACCUCCUCCGGCUAUUUUUUUCCCCCUGGCCAGUUCGGGGUGGUUCGAGCUGAUUGCGUCCCCUGUGGUGCUGGGGGGGUGCCGGGUGGCUCGCCUUGGUUUGGCCAGGUAUAAAUCCCCCGAGCCCGACCCUGGCACCGCGAGCGGGACCUCGGCAGCCAAAAAUGUCCGAGCUGCCCUGCCCAGAGCCCCCCGCCCGCUGCAGAGGCCGCUUCACCAUCAGCACCCUGCUGGGCGUGGAGGAGGCCGGUUGGCCUCCCUGCGAGGCCGCGGGCUGCGAGGGCACGCACCUCUCGGGCAGCACCCUCUGCACCAGGACCUUCGGCUACAACACGGUGGACGUGGUGCCCGCCUACGAGCACUAUGCCAACAGCAAGGGCGUGGGCGAGGCCAGGAGGGGGAGGCCCUCGCUGGCCGACCUCCGCUCCAUCCUCAAGCCCGACCCGGGCCACCUCUGUGUGCCGGUGCCUGAGCCCCAGCGCAGCGAUGGCCUCCCCAGUGCCGACGAGGGGCCAGGUAGGGCCCCCGCACCGGAGCCCGUCCGCUUCGGAUGGGUGAAGGGCGUGAUGAUCCGCUGCAUGCUGAACAUCUGGGGAGUGAUCCUCUACCUGCGCCUUCCCUGGAUCACGGCCCAGGCAGGAAUCGGUGGGUACCCACCACAGCCCCGGCAGGGUGGGGGGACGAUGGCACCAGGCUCCCUGCGGCCCAAAACACUUGGGUGCAGGUGGGAAUGGGACUGCUGGUGGCACCUGGCCAGGUGGGUGCGAUCGGUCCUCUCCCGCACAGCCCUGACGUGGCUCAUCAUCCUGAUGUCGGUGACAGUGACCACCAUCACCGGCCUGUCCAUCUCCGCCAUAUCCACCAACGGCAAAGUGAAGUCAGGUACCGCGUCCCCAGGCCCACAACCCCGCCGAACACCCCAAAUCUUCCGAGGGAGCAGGUUCCUCACAGCCUCUGCUGAUGCAACUGCCCCAAAACCUCCCAGCCCUUCCCAAACCACCACGCCGAGUGUUGCAGACCACAGCAUCCUGCUGGUGGUCACCAUCUCGCAGGGAAACCCCGAGCAGAAAGGAAUUUUGGCUGGCUUUGCCGGCAGCAAGUGCCCCUCGAUGGCUGGUUCCUGUUACCUCCUUGGUGGUUUGGGGAGGAGCAGGGGGAGGCAGCCCCGCCACCGGGUUUUCUGCACCGCAGGGGGCACCUACUUCCUCAUCUCGAGAAGCCUCGGGCCAGAGCUGGGCGGUUCCAUCGGGCUCAUUUUUGCCUUCGCCAACACGGUGGCCGUGGCCAUGCACACGGUGGGCUUUGCCGAAACCGUCCGGGACCUGCUGCAGGAGCACGACUCCCUCAUGGUGGACCCCACCAACGACAUCCGCAUCAUCGGAGUGGUGACCGUCACCGUGCUGCUGGGCAUCUCGCUGGCCGGCAUGGAGUGGGAGGCAAAGGCCCAGGUCCUGUUCUUCUUGGUCAUCCUGGUCUCCUUCGCCAACUACCUGGUGGGGACAGUGAUCCCGGCCACUGCGGAGAAGCAAGCCAAGGGCUUCUUCGGCUACAGAGCUGACAUCUUUGCCCAGAACUUGGUGCCCAGCUGGCAUGGACCUGAGGGCUCCUUCUUCAGCUUGUUUUCCAUUUUCUUUCCAUCGGCAACCGGCAUCUUGGCUGGGGCCAACAUUUCGGGUGAUCUGAAGGAUCCUGCCGUGGCCAUCCCCAAGGGCACCUUGAUGGCCAUCUUCUGGACCACGAUGUCCUACCUGGUGCUGUCUGCUACGAUAGGUGCCUGCGUGGUCCGGGACGCCUCGGGCAGCCUGAACGACAGCGUGCCGGUGGGCUCGCCAGGCUGCGAGGGGCUGGCCUGCGGCUUCGGCUGGAACUUCACUGACUGUGCCCAGCGGCAGAGCUGCCCCUAUGGGCUCAGCAACCACUACCAGAGCAUGAGCAUGGUGUCGGGAUUCGGUCCCCUCAUCACGGCGGGGAUCUUUGGCGCCACCCUGUCCUCAGCGUUGGCCUGCCUCGUCUCAGCCCCCAAGGUCUUCCAGUGCCUCUGCGAGGACCAGCUCUACCCUCUCAUAGGCUUCUUUGGAAAGGGCUAUGGGAAGAACAACGAGCCCAUCCGUGGCUACAUGCUCACCUAUGUAAUCGCCGUCGGCUUCAUCCUCAUCGCCGAGCUCAAUGCCAUCGCCCCCAUCAUCUCCAACUUCUUCCUCUGCUCCUACGCCCUCAUCAACUUCAGCUGCUUCCAUGCCUCUGUCACCAACUCCCCAGGCUGGCGACCCUCCUUUCGGUAUUACAGCAAGUGGACCGCGCUCUUCGGCGCCGCCAUCUCGGUGGUCAUCAUGUUCCUGCUGACCUGGUGGGCGGCCCUCAUCGCCCUCGGCAUCGUCGUCUUCCUCCUGGGCUAUGUCGUCUACAAGAAGCCGGACGUGAACUGGGGCUCCUCCAUGCAAGCCAGCUCCUACAACAUGGCCCUGAGCUACUCGGUGGGGCUCAGCGAGGUGGAUGAGCACAUCAAGAACUACAGGCCCCAGUGCCUGGUCCUGACCGGGCCCCCCAACUUUCGCCCAGCACUGGUGGAUUUUGUGGGCACCUUCACCAAGAACCUCAGCCUGAUGAUCUGUGGCAACGUGCUGAUUGGCCCGCGCAAGCAGAAGAUGCCCGAGUCCAGGCUGACGUCGGACGGCCACACCAGGUGGCUCCUCAAGAGGAAGAUCAAGGCUUUCUACACCAACGUGCUGGCUGAGGACCUGCGAAGCGGCGUCCAGAUGCUCAUGCAGGCUGCCGGCCUAGGGAAGAUGAGACCCAACAUCCUGGCGCUGGGCUACAAGAGGGACUGGCAGGUGGCCGCGCCGCAGAGCGUGGAGGAUUACGUGGGCAUCCUGCACGAUGCCUUCGAUUUCAAGUACGGCGUGUGCCUGCUGAGGAUGAAGGAGGUGCUGAACGUUUCCCGAGUGGUGCAAGCUCACACGGAUCCCGGGGAGUUGGCGGCCGAGCAGCAGGCGAGCACCAUCUUCCAGAGCCAGCAGGGCAAGAAAACCAUCGACAUUUACUGGCUCUUCGACGACGGAGGGCUGACGCUGCUCAUCCCCUACCUCCUCGGGCGCAAGAAGCGGUGGGGAAAAUGCAAGAUCCGGGUGUUUGUCGGCGGGCAGAUCAACAGGAUGGACGAGGAGAGGAAGGCGAUCGUGUCGCUGCUGAGCAAAUUCCGCCUGGGCUUCCAUGAGGUCCACGUGCUCCCCGACAUCAACCAGAAGCCCCGGCCAGAGCACAUCAAGAGGUUUGAUGACCUGGUCGUGCCCUUCAGGCUGAACGACGGCUUCAAGGACGAGGCCACGGUGAGCGAGAUGAGGCACGGCUGUCCCUGGAAGAUAUCCGACGAGGAGCUCCACAAGCACAGAGCCAAGUCGCUCCGACAAGUGAGGCUGAACGAGAUCUUGCUGGAACACUCGCAGGACGCGGCGCUCAUCGCCAUCACGCUGCCCGUGGGCAGGAAGGGUGGCUGCCCCAGCUCCCUCUACAUGGCCUGGCUCGAGAGCCUCUCGCGGGACCUGAGGCCCCCCGUCGUCCUGACCAGGGGAAACCAGGAAAACGUCCUGACCUUCUACUGCCAGUGAAGCGCCCAGCGCCUCGCCCCGUGAACGUUUCAGGCCAGUUGUGAGCUGGGCGACU